AUGUUGACAUCAAUAUAUGCUAGGAAUAAGGUGCAGGAAAGGGCAAGCCUAUGGCAUGACUUGCAGAUACUAGGUAGUCAUAUUCAAAUACCAUGGCUUAUCAGUGGAGAUUUCAACAAUGUGUUAACCACUAAAGACAGAUUAGGACAACUAAUGACAACUAAUGAGGUGCAUGAUUUCAAGCAGUGUAUUGAUAACAUGCAACUGACCCCACUAAAAACAAAGGGGUGCUUCUUCACCUGGUGCAACAAACAGAAUGCUAAUGAUAGAGUUUACAGUAAAAUUGAUUGGGCUUUUGGAAAUUUUAGUUGGACUCAGACUUAUGGACAUCUAGAAGCUGAUUUUCUGAAACCUGGAGUAUCUGAUCAAUCCCCAAUUGUAGUUCAAUUAUGGAAGAGAAGAACUAUCUGCUCAAAGCCUUUCAAGUUAUACAUGGUGACAAUUGACCAUAAGGACUUCACUCCUAUGGUGAAUAGAGUAUGGCAACAACAGGAAGAGCAGGAUAAAGUGGAACUUAUAUGGCUGAAGCUAAAAAGACUAAAAGAUGAGGCUAAGGGUCUGAACAAGGCUAUGGCAAGCUAUGAACAAAGACCGACUCAAAUUAGGCAGAGUCUGGAAUGUGUUCAAGCAGCUCUGGUCACUGAUCCUUUUAAUCAGCUGUUUAUUGAGCAGGAGAAGCAGAAUAUGAGUGACUUGGAGAAAUGGAGUACAAUAGAAGAAAUAAUACUGAGGCAGAAAUCUAGAGCAACAUGGAUUGAUUAUGGUGACUCCAACUCUAAAUAUUUCUAUGCACAGCUGAAAAUAAGGGCCAACAAGAAUAAUAUUACUUCUGUAUACAAUGACUUGGGGAUAAAGAUCACUGAUCCAAAGGUUGUGGAAAAGGAGUUUACUGAAUUCUUUACACAGCUAAUGGGGAAUGCUAAUGGAUUAAUGCCAUGCCCUAAUACUAGUAUUAUUAAGGUAGGAAACUGUCUCACUUUACAGCAUCAACAUGAACUAAUAAUGGAUAUAACUCAUGAAGAGAUUGAUGAAGCAAUUAGGGAUAUGCCAAAGGAUAAAGCCCCUGGAAUGGAUGAUUUUCCUAUAGAAUUCUUCACCAAGCAAUGGGAGACCGUGAAGCAAGACAUAUAUAAGGCUGUGUCAUAUUUUUUUCACACAGGUAAAAUGAUGCCAGCAUGGAAUUGCACUGUUAUUACACUGAUUCCUAAGAUCCCAGCUCCAUUUAAAGUGAAAGACUACAGGCUUAUAACAUGCUGCACUACAUGGUAUAAGGUUGUUGCAAAGAUACUGACUAGAAGAAUAAAGAAGGUAAUAGAGGUGAUCAUUGGGAAGUCACAAUCUGCAUUCAUUGAAGGAAGGAGUAUUAUUGAUAAAAUCCUAUUUAGCCAUGAGCUGUUCAAAGACUAUAAUAGGAAAGGUCUAACACCUAGGUGUCUAAUGAAAGUAAACACUAAAAAGGCCUAUGAUUCAUUGGAUUGGCAGUUUCUUAGGUGUAUGCUAACUGAUCUUGGGUUUCCCCAGAAGUUCAUCCAUUGGGUAAUGGAGUGUGUUUCAACAAUGUCUUACUCUUUGAUGCUCAGUGGUGGCCUUACCAAACCAUUCCAGGCCAGGAGAGGGAUUAGGCAAGGAGACCCCAUGUCUCCUUACCAAUUUGUCAUUGCAAUGGAGUAUUUACAAAGAGAUAUGAAUCAACUACAUGCCACAAAGGAAUUCAAAUACCAUCCAAGAUGCAAAAAACUGGGAGCAAAUGCAGACAAAAGCUCCAUGUACAUUACUCGAGUAUACCAGGACAUCAAAGCCUCACUACUCAACCUAACAAGGUAUACAGAGGGAUCAAUUCCUUUCAAGUACCUGGGAGUUCCAUUGUCUGCAAAGAAGCUAAAUAUUCACCAAUGUUUGACACUGUUGGAGAAGAUCACUGAGAAAGUUAACUGCUAG